GCAGCAGGGAAGUGGGAAGAACCGCAAAAUCCAGGAGCAACUGCAGAAAAGCCAUGGCAGGGCUGGCAUUUGCAGGGAUGCAGGAUGCAGGCAGGGCCUCCCUGGGGUACCGCUGUGUCCCACCACGCGUUACCCCCCCCCCCCCCCCUUGGGGCCUUUCUUGUCCCCUUAGGGCCAUGGUGGAUGCUGCGGUAACCCCAUUCCAGCCGCUCUGCCGCUGGGUACCAGGACGCUGCCUCCAUCCUGGUCGCUCACAUUCAUCGGAGCCAAAUCCCCCGGGAGCAGCGGGGGGGGGGAAGGACGCUCCCAUUAUCCGGCUCCUGCCGUGUCGGAGGCAGCUGGACCAGCCGUGCAUUAAUAGAUUACACAGAGGAUCCGGCAGCGUCGGGAGCAGCGCGGGCAGGGCCGGGGCUUUGCUGAGCCGGUGGGGACGGACACGGCCCCCGCUGCCCACUGACACCUUCCCCAGCACAGCCCCACAGAGCCCCAGGGGGCCACCAUGGACGAGUGGGACCUCCCGCAGUGGAAGAAGGAGGUGGAGAGCCUCAAGUACCAGCUGGCCUACAAGCGGGAGAUGUCCUCCAAGACAAUACCCGAGUUUGUGAAGUGGAUCGAGGACGGCAUUCCCGAAGACCCCUUCUUGAACCCGGAGCUGAUGAAAAACAACCCUUGGGUGGAGAAGGGCAAAUGCAGCAUCCUCUGAGGGACCCCCCCUUGAACCUCCCCCUUUAUCCCCUUGCCGAAUGUACUUUUAUAUUAGCCAGCUUCCUAAUAUGAGAACCUGAACC